ACUUGCGACAAAGACAGUAAAAUUUUCUGACGCUUGAAUAUUCUCCCUGAUCACACGGCUCAGUCGCUGAUCGAUGUAAAAGUCUACUAAAAACAUCUCUAAGAACUCCUUUCCUUUGCAAUUAGGGUUUGUGAAUUCUUGGAACGGGUACAGAGUUGGCGAAAAUGUCGCUCGUCGCCUACGGGAGCAGCGGAGAUGAAGAGAGCGAUCAAGAACUACAAAGCAAUCUAGAUGAUGUUAAACAUCCCUCUCUCAUCUCCGAAAAAAGUGAUCCCGGUAGAGGAAAGGGUUUGGUUCUUCCUAAAUCGACGCAAGAGAAGAAUACAUCGAAUUCUUCUACCAGUUUAAGUGGGAAAACCGGAUUAUCUUCAUUUCUACCAAAGCCUAAAAAUGUGAGCAACCUCGAAAGAGAAGCUGUCGACAACCACGGUUCCUCUGAUAACAAGAACCUUCCUAUUACCUUGGAAGGGAUGGCGGAUGAUGAGGAGAUUUUGGAAAUUGUAGAAGAGUAUGAGCCAAUUGCAAAAAGAGCGAAGAAGGUUGACAAUGUUGAUGGUGAUGAGAAGCCGAAGUCUGUAGGCAGCCUUUUCUCUCUUUUACCCGCACCCUGGAAAGCAGACAGCACCUGGCAAAGGAAAAAGAAGGAUGGUAAAGCGUCUGUGGCUGAGGAUAGAAAAUUAAAGCAACCAGUCAAAAUUUCUAUCCCCACUGCACCUAAGACUGAUUCUGAUGAUGAAGAUGAUACGCCAGCAGCAAAGAAACUUGGACCAUCAAAGGAAGGAUCAGGACUCAAAGCACUUCUUCCCAAACCCAAGCACAGUAUCACACGGAGGGCAGACAACCCAAACAAACCUGCUGUUAAAUUAACAAGCAGGCCAUUGAUACCCCACACGUUGACAAAGAAACCAACCCCAGGACAGGAGAAGAAAACAGAAAAAAUGGUUAAGAAGAGACAAGAUGAAGAAACUGUCAGUGAAGAUGAAGAUGAGCCUGUAAGCUUUUUUACAUUCAAUGACAAAAUUGAGAUCAAAUCUGACGAAAAAGUACAAACUCUUCAGAGUGAGGAUACUGAGUCAAUGACAAGUUUCAAUGUUGCAGCAAUAGAAAGGCCAAAUCCUCGUUCAUUAUCAUUGUCACAAGAUCAGAUACCAUCAAAUACUAACAUGUCUCAAAGCAGUGCAAAGCAUGUGGAUGAAGCAACACAUCCUGUUGUAGAUGACACAAGUGCUCAGGCUGCUUUCUCAAGUGAGGAAAUCUCUUCUCAGAAGGAGCUGGAAACUAAGACUUACUAUUAUGAUCAACAAAGUGAGCAAAGCCAGGAAUAUGGAGGAUAUUCUGCUGUUGAUAAUAGCUAUUAUGCAAAUUAUAACUAUAAUGCAAGCUCUUCUGCCAGUCACCCUUAUUAUAAUCAAGAGACUGAAAGCUACACCCAUAUGUACCCUACAAGUGCUACAGGUGUUGUCCAGGGUCAAGGCAGUCAGGCUGACCAAACACAAUUCGAUCUAGAGAAGAUGAAGAAACUCAAAGGAAGAAGAAAUCGUGGCGAAGAAAUCAACAUAGUUGAUAUUAAUGCUGACGAUCAAAUAGGGAACUCAGCUGAGAUGUUGACGAAAUACGGAACCGAAGAAAUUGCGUAUGCACCUUCUCGGAAAAAGAAAGACAUGCCAACAGCUCAACAAAGAAGAAAACAUCAGAUCACUUAUUUGGCUUAUCAGGCUAAAGAGAGAGAGCUGGAAUUACGCCAACAGUGGUCGGCUAAUCGACAAACUCGCAGACAAACUCAGUCAAAGUAUGGAUUUUAAGAGUCGAUGUAGUAUCUUUGUACAUGUAACCAGAUUCUGCUGUGAGCUCAAAUGCAGCAGACACAGUACAAUUGCAUUUGAAUUUGCUUCCUUUUUCUGCUCUUAAGUUGUAAGUCAACUACCUGCUGACUUACUUCUCCAAAAGGUCAGUUUGACUAUUCAGUCUAUUUUUGCGUACGUGCAUCUACUAAUUGUCGUAUAGUUCAAGUAGCUUCCUGGUAUCCCAUUUAUGUGUUGUUUCCUGUACACAUGUGCGUGAAUUUAGUUAUGCAUACAGUGCACGUUAAGGGUGCCGACGUGUCCCCCAUUGUUACAGAAGACACUGGGGUCUCAAGUUGAAAGCAAAUCGUCCAAGAUACCUCAGCAAGUAGUGAUAAAGAUGAAUGGCCCCACGCGUGGUAGAGCUGAGUUGAUUGUCAGCGAGAGGAUGGUUGGAAGGUAGCGAUAUAUAUUGCACUGAACGCGGCCACUUGCUAUUUGCUUCAACUCGAAAAAUAGUAUUUGUGGAUCGUCUUUACACUCAGACAUUUUUUAGAGAACUAAGCAAAAGAAUUGGGUGCAAAGAUUUUUCCUUCCCUUUCCGGAUGAUUAGAACGAUUUACCAUUGGUGAAUGAUAUCCUCAGGGAACCAUCAGCCUAUCAAAAAGCCGGUCAAAAUCGCUGUAACGACCUGGCAUUCCCUUGGUGCACACUGUCGACCAAAGUUCACAACAGCUGCGGCAGAAAUGGUACAAACAAAACAACAAUUUUACUUAAGAACUAUAUUUGAGCAGUUAACUGUUAAAGAUUUCCGUAGAACCCCAUACUUUUGAAAACAAAGCCUCAAUGUCAAUCGGUUAAUCCUAGAACUGUAUACAUAAUGAAGUAGGGAGCUGUGCGGAAAUCUUGCUAAAAACUGUAAUAUAAUCUGUGGAUUUACAUGAAUGUAAAAAGUGAGCGGUCUUACGACCUUACUGAAUAAAUCUCCGAUAACGAAGAGAA